CACCUGUACAGUGGACUUUUUCUUGAGCGGCUGCUUUGCGUUGUUCCUCUUCGUAGGCACCCGAGAUGACUUGCUCGCUGGCGUGGCAGAUUUGCCAGACUUUCGAUCUCCGGAUUUCGCUUUCGCAGAACUAACUGCAGUGGACUUAUUGCCUGAUCGAGAUGGCGUGGCAGCUUUUUGAGCAGGGUUUAUGCUCUUCGGCUUUGGCAAUUUCGCAGUUUCGGUGGAGCCUGCUCCAGAAACCUUUUGGGCUGUUUUUCCUGCCUGCGUGGCUGAUGGGUUUGUUUGGAGGGUAGAUUUUCGUGAAAGUCCGGGUUCUGGUAGAGAGUCAUCUCCGCUAGAACGACUUUGCGAGCGUUGUCGUAGGGGUGGUCCGGAUUGGUUGGGUAGUCUGAUUUGCGAUGAUCUUCUAGUACCCGAAUUUGUUGAUUGUCGGGUGCCACUCCGACCCCUACUACCCAAGUCCAACUUACCCAUCUCAUCUUGUAAAGUGAUAGAAUUGGACCUGCCUCUCACCGCCGAACUGGAGCGGCUGGAAUUCACGGCUUUGCGAUGGGCCGAGGGAGCACGCUGGUACGAUGUACCUUGAUUACCCCCAUAUGAAUAGGUUCCAGAUCCUUGAGCUCCGCCAUGACCGCUUUGAUUGAAGUUACCCAUGCUGUGACUAGGUGUUGAGCUGCUACCUCCACCGAAUCCUCCUGCGCCUGGUGGAGGCGGACCGGGCGGACCACCUUGUCCAAAAAACUGACCUGGUUUGCAUGAUGGAUCAUGCCUUCUUCGUGCAAUUUCAUCUAAGGCGGCCUGUAUUAUUAUAGCUCGUUCUUUGGUGUUUCCAUAGAGUCCAUUAUACAUCGUUAUACCGGCUGUGUGGAGCAUAUAUUGAGCACCAUCUGCUUGCACCAAUUGCGAUAUCGGCUUAUUUCUUGCGUCUCCCAUCUGUUCGAGGUCUUCUGAAUAGCCCGCGCCCUCGAUCUCAUGCAUAGCAAUCCGGUCCCAUGCUUCCAAAUUUUGGAUAAUUUCUGGGACAGUAAAAUCGAACGAUGCGAAUCGUCCACCCUUCUGAUCAGGCAUCCAGAGGCCCCGUUUCCUGAAUAUGUCAUUAAGAGCUACAGCCAUUCUUAACCUUGCGGAUAUUUCAUCUAGAGUUCUCCAGUCUGCUUCGGUGACUCGCCGUGGACCAUGUUCUCGAGAUUGAAACGAUGAUUCACCAUCUUUUUGAGAGAAUGAAUUAUAUAGUUGUCGAUUAUAGUUUUGUAUUAGGAAAGAUGGCUCUUGAUGAUUUUGUGGCCGUCCUUUGGUGCUUCGCC